UUUAUUGAAUAAAGCCAAUAAUAAAGUUGUUUAUUUCCACUUGCAGGAUGAAAAUCAUAGAUGAAAACAGAUUGAAACAGUUGAAAAACAACUGUUAUACUAUGUUUGUAUAUACCUUCUACUUUAAAAGAAUGGGUUAAGAAUAGGAAUAUUUUUAAAAAAUUCGUAUGAAUAAAUUUAUAAUCAAUAAAAAUAUUUUGCAGUAAUUUUAUAAAAUAAGUGUACAAAUCAAACAGUCAGCAUGCGCAUAAAGGAAUUGUCAAAAGUUGGUCAAAAGUCGUUGCAUGCAUCCAUAGAUACAUGCAAAUAAUUAAAACAAUCGUUAUGAUUUGAAAUUAUAGAAUGUUUUCAUCUUGUUUUCAUCUUUUUAAAUAAACAAAUCUGCAUUUUACAUAGUAAAUCCGUUAAAUAGCCUUAAAUGAGGUGGAAAAUAAGUGGAAAGUAUGUAAUGUUAUGUACAAUACCUGUAAUAGUUCAAGAGUAUACUUUUUAAUUAAAAUGUCGUUCACAAUUUUGAAUGUGACUCCUAUAUGUUCUAAAUUAUUUAAUUCUGACGAUAAGGAGAACAUAAGAAAUUGUAUACAAUUUGGAGGUAUUUUUUGUGAGACAAAAUAUUUUUGGUUGGUUAGUGGUUCCUGUAUAACUGUAGGAUGUACCAAAACAGGCCUUAUAAUAGGAAACUGGAAAUUUAGUACCUCCUCUAAAAUGUCUAUAAAAAUAAAUUGUGUUACUGAACUUCCAAGAGAAAACAAAAGCAUACCAUUUUUAAUAAUAGGUUUAAAAUGUAAUGGAGAAAAGGGUAUGAUUUGUAUAUUUCAGUUUACAAGUUCAAAAAUUGUAAGGGCCAUUGAAUUACCUAAUGAGGUAAGAAGAAUUUCUAUCAUCAAUACAAUAAGAAACAAAUGUUUACUACCAGAACUAUUAGCAUUACUUGAUGGUGUCAUUGUAGUGGGGACCUCAUAUGGUGGUUUACUUUUGUUAGAUAUAUGUUUACAAGAAUAUGAAAAUGCUACUUCAAUGCACGGAGUUUUUAAAGAUGAAAAAAAUGCCUGCAGAACAAUGGAUUUACAAUUAGAUGAUAUUUCAUUAUUGGAAUCACAUAAAAAUUUGGCAAAUCUAAAUAUGGAACAUGUGGCAAUAUACUUAAAUGAUCUUGGAAGUAGCUCAAAACAAAUUUUUAAUUUAAAAAGUCCGAAGGAUACAGUAUUAGGCCAUCUUAGCAACCAAAAUGUAGUUAUUACUGCUCUCUACUAUUGUUCUCAAUUGUGUUCCUUAUUUGUCGGUUAUAAUUUUGGUCUUUGGCAAAUUUGGAAUCUAAAGGAAAUGAAAGUAGUUUAUACUUCUCCAAUUUUAGACAAUAAUACACCAGUUACUCAUUUUGCUGUCCAGGAACCUUGUGACGACCCAAGAGCUUUUUGCUAUGUUUGGGUAAUUUACAAUAAUGUUGAGCCCUUCAGUUUGGGAUUUCCUUUGGCUGUUAUGUAUGCAUUACUGUUUGAUACAAAAAUUUGGCAUGAUAAAUACGGGUUCUUUUAUGAGGGGUUAUUCUCAUGUCACGUAAGAUUUCAACGAGAACUCGUCUUAAUAGAAGGCAAUGACGAAAACCGCAUCGGAGGAUGCUGCACGGGCGUAUCUUCCAUUAGCAAAAGUGUAUCGAAUCUAAAUUCAACACAAGAGUUUUCAGAAGAUGGGUUCUCUUAUUGUUUUUUUACAUGGAACACUUGGACAUCUGACAGACAGUUGAAUACUUAUUUAACUCUGUUUGAUUUAAACCAAUGGUAUAAAGAGCAAAUGCCAAGCUAUUUACAUAAGAGAAACAAGCAUGUUGAUUCCUAUACAAUUACUGUCUCCAUUUCUGAUUUUCUAAAGUCAGUUGAUAAUGAAAACAAUUCAGCUUUGCUUGAUGUAAAAGUCGACUUUAAAUCCAUUCUCCAAUUUAAGGGAGCAGUGAAGUUAGAAGAGCAUUAUUACCCAUCUUCUUUAUCCUUCAGUAAAUAUGGUUUUAGUUUACUUAUGUUCCUUUUCAUACUUUCCCAUUUAUUUGUUUUCUUUAUAGAUUUNUUACCGAUUGAUCAAAAUAUAAAAAAAAAGGAAACCUGA